CGAUAACGUGAAGACAAGUUAAAUUCGUAACUUGUAGUCUUGUAGUUCUUCACAUUGCCUCCCAGAAAAUUUUGGGUUUUGUUAAUUUUUGUAUUUAAGUUGCAAAUAUUGCAGCUAGGGAGUUAGUAUGUACUAGAAAGUAGAAACCAUGGUCGAUGCCGAUCUCGAGCAUGCUUACAUGCCCAGUAUAUGGAACCAUCAACACCUGAGUCCGGAUGAAGUAUUGGCUAAACAUUUCGCCAUUGUAGCAGCAGAAAGCGAAAAGGCCCGACAAGAAUUAACGGUGAUAUCUGAUAUUCGCUAUGGAACAACCCCGAAAAAUUCCAUGGAUUUGUACUGCAGUGGACCAACCGUAAAAGCAGGUGGCGUAUUGUUUGCCUACGUUCAUGGAGGUUAUUGGCAAGCGCUAACGAAGGAAGAUUCUGCAUAUUUCGCCAGAACUAUCUGUAAAUCUGUGGAAAAUUCAGUAUUUGUGGCAGUGGAUUACGUACUUGCAACCGAGACAGUAUAUGGAUCAGAAGCUAAGAUGAAGUCUAUUUGGGAACAAAUGACACCAGCAUAUGCCGCGCUUAGGGACGUUGCUGACCGGCUUGACUGCAGUGGAAUUUUCCUUUGUGGACAUUCGGCAGGAGCCCAUCUGGUAACAGCAAUGCUUAGCGGCGCAUUUGAACCGUCGCAACGGAAAAGUUUAUUUCGAAAGCUUAAAGGUUUAUGGUUGCUCAGUGGAGUUUAUGACUUGGUCCCCAUCAGCAAAACUUCCGUCAACGAUCCCCUCCAGCUGUCGAAGGAAGAAAUUCAAGAUUGUAGUCCACACAAUCGAGUAGCGGACAUCGUGCACAACCUUGGAGCAACCACAUCUUGUUCCGUCAAAAUUAUGUACGGCGAAUUCGAUCCUCCCGCGUUCCAUAAACAGUCCCAAAAUUUUUUUGAGGAAGUGAACAAUUACGUCCAGACACAACCUGAUUACGUGCAUAUAAGGAUUAAACCCCCGGUAGAAGUGAAAGAUCGCGACCACUUUGACCUUGUAGACUAUACAGUAUUGGAAGAAAAUUACGUCUUAACGGACGUUGUCGAAGUUCUGAAAAGGCAUCUUCAAGAAAGCCAAACUUUUCGUUUCACGGAGGGGGUGGAAGGCGUUGAAACCGUGGACAUCAAAGACGUACUCGUAGAUUUCAAAGUCAAGUGAAGUCAGCGCAUCGUUUUUAAUUUGUACCCUAGCCGUGCAAAUAAUUGCUUAAUGGUCAAUGACAUAUAACGAGUCUUAUUGCUAAUUACUCGCAACGUGAGGUGAAACUUUCUGCAGUUUUGAGUUUAUAAGAUUUGACAUCUUUUAAUCACCCUCUGGCCCCUUACUGACGUAUCAAAAAAAUCUAAAUUUUGAUGUUACUGAAUCCGUAACAAAAAGUUACGCCAGAAAGGCUUUGGAAGAAAAGGAAAACAGCGUAUAGAUAUAUUUUCUGCUUUACUGUAAUCAGCUUGCUCCAGUAGU